GUUCCCGUGACUCUCGCCAUAGAAAACAAAGCUGAGCGUCUUCCAUAACAGCUAGGGGUGCAGACUUGAGGAAUAUCCGAAUUUAUCCUGGAUACAUCAAGUUGAAUAUGGAUUUACAGUGGGUGUAGCAUUGUUGGAGACCGAGCCUUCUCGGCUGGGGUGACGGCAGGACGUUAGCGAAACCGACGAAAAUAACAUCAGUGUUUUUUUUCUCGGGGUGCUUUGUCUUGUCCACCUAACGAUAGCAAACCACCAUUCCCGUUUCAAUUGCAAGAUAUUCAGCUAGUGAUUACUAGCUGUUGCCGGGAUGUAUCAUCAUGUUGUCACCUAAAAGUAACUGCUAGGACGUCGGAUUGUGAAGGAUAAGCAGAAAACCUCUCCGAGGUCCUGACGGGUUGUCACCGGGACCUGAAUCUGUGUUAGCCACAGUCGCGGAACCCACUGUUUUCGGCGAUAUGGCGGAGCAGGGCUACUCAUCUUGGGCAUACUCCCUAGUUGACUCCAGCCAGGUGUCCACCUUCCUCAUCUCCAUCCUUCUCAUCGUCUAUGGCAGCUUCAGGUCAUUAAACAUGGAUUGUGAGAACCAGGAGAAGGAUAAAGAUGGUAACCCCACGACAACGGGGGCUUUCAAUAACAGCAACACAAAUAACAGUAUUCAGACUAUAGACUCCACACAGGCCCUGUUCCUACCAAUAGGAGCCUCUGUAUCUCUGCUAGUCAUGUUCUUCUUCUUUGACUCGGUACAGGUGGUCUUCACCAUCUGCACUGCAGUUCUUGCAACAAUCGCAUUUGCAUUCCUCUUGUUGCCAAUGUGCCAGUAUCUGACCAGACCCUGCUCCCCACAAAACAAGAUUUCCUUUGGCUGCUGUGGGCGUUUCACUCUGGCUGAGCUCCUGUCCUUCUCCCUCUCCGUCAUGUUGGUGCUCAUCUGGGUGCUGACUGGACACUGGCUCCUCAUGGACGCUCUAGCCAUGGGCUUGUGUGUCGCCAUGAUAGCCUUUGUGCGGCUUCCCAGUCUUAAGGUGUCCUGCCUCCUGCUGUCAGGACUGCUCAUUUAUGACGUGUUCUGGGUGUUCUUCUCAGCCUACAUCUUCAAUAGUAAUGUGAUGGUCAAAGUUGCCACCCAACCUGCUGAAAAUCCCAUAGAUGUUCUGUCCAGGAAGCUCCACUUGGGGCCGGGGAUGGGCCGCGAUGUCCCCCGUCUCUCCUUACCUGGCAAACUGGUCUUUCCCAGUUCCACAGGAAGUCAUUUCUCCAUGCUGGGAAUAGGAGACAUCGUAAUGCCGGGGCUGCUGUUAUGCUUUGUCCUGCGCUAUGACAACUACAAGAAGCAAGCAAACGGGGAGGUCCCGGGGCCCGGUAACAUGUCCGGACGCAUGCAGCGCGUCUCCUAUUUCCACUGCACUCUCAUCGGAUACUUUGUGGGUCUGCUGACUGCCACCGUGGCCUCCAGGAUCCAUCGUGCUGCUCAGCCCGCUCUGCUCUACCUGGUGCCCUUCACCCUGCUGCCUCUGCUCACGAUGGCCUACCUGAAGGGGGAUUUGCGGCGCAUGUGGUCCGAGCCCUUCCACGCCAAGACCAGCAGCUCCCGCUUCCUGGAGGUAUGAUGCACCCUCGGAUAAGCGACCAGUCUGGGGAGGACUGCGGAUCCUUUACCUUAAUUAGAGGGAAGGAGAGAGGGCGCACUCACAGUGAGGCCAUGUUGUCAUCACUUGUUCAUGCUUUCCGCCAAUCUUCUGUGAAAACCCUCAGAAGGACACCAGUGUGUGGAUCACAACGCCCCAACACGACUCAUCUUUGGUCCCUACAUCCCCCCGCGGUUCAUCUCCGCUUCCUCUUUUCUGUUUAUUUCCUCUUCAUUACAGCACAUCCUGCCUAUGCUGUUUUUGUUCUGCCCCCUCCCUCUCUUUUUUCCUUUUCCCCUCGUCUAUAGUUGGUCUCAUUUGCCACUUCCCUCUCAUGGCCCGCUCCAUUCAUCAGGCCUCUUCUCUCGCUGCGUUUUUCUUCUUUCUCUCGCGUCUUUAAUUUUCUCUGCAACUCUGUUUGUCGCCGACUCAGAUGAACUCGAGGGCCAGGCCUCCCCCGUUUUUGUGGACUUAGGGUUGUGAGACAUGGCUGGGGUUUAUAUAUAUUUUUUUAGCAUUGUCGUGGUCGUUAUUAUUAUUAAUAUUAUUGUUAUGGAACGAUUUAAACAAACAGAAGAAGCGGAGUGUUACAGUGGCACAGGAUGGUGCUCGGGAGCAGCGACGCAGUAAAGGAGAACAGUCUCCCCCCUCCAUCCGUCUCCCCCCUCCCCCCCCGCUUUCUUCAUCUGUCCCAUCAUCCCACCUCAAUGGCUUCUUCUCUGACACUCCCCUGCGAGCCUCACCCUCCUCCUCUCUGUUCAUCUGCUGUCCCCACCCUCACAGAUAACUAUGUAUUUUAUUUAGAAAAGUUUUAUUCUUGGCAUAUACAGAAAUGAUGCAUUAUAAAUUGUUAAGCUGCCCCCAGCGUUCGAGGGGCCGCUUCUAUUUGUAUAUAUGUGUAUUUGCGGUAUCUUGAGUUUGUAUUUGUGUUCGGGAGCAUGUUGAAUAGGGUGGGAAACUGACGCCAGCCAACAGCUGAAUUUUGGUCAAUUUUGGCUGCCCGUCGAGUCAAGCCGACUGGUGAGCGUCCAUCAUUUAGAGGUUGUUUUCUAAAAUUUGUUGCCUUGUGUAAUAGAAACAUAGCUGAUGGAUUUUUUUUUUUUUGUGGGGGGAACAUCUGCAUCGGUGGCUGGUUGAUGAAAGUUAGUUUCCUGCUCUAGUGUUAAAGUGUGUGUGUGUGUGUGUGUGAGUGAGUGCUUGUGUGUGAGAGAGCGAAACAGACAAGUGAAUGGUUGUUUUACUUGGUUUUAAUUUGAAAUCAUAAACCUGUUAAAAAAAAGUGACAAUAGUCAGGUUUCCAUUGAGCUGUGUGUGCCACAAACACAUGACAUGUCUAAUGGAAACAGUUUGUGUCUAACUUGUAAAAACUUACAGCAAACAGAGGGUGGGUUUUCUUUUCAUCAGCCUCUGCAAACAGGUGGAAAUGUAAACAGUGUUUUUUUUUUCAAAUAAAUGAAUGUUGAAUUAAUUUUAAGGUAUGCGAUGUUACUUCUCAUCAUGAGGCCACAUCUUUUUGUCUGUCAUCAUUUCGCUCUCGCGCAUCCUAGAUUUACACGCGUGUAUGACCGUGGAAACACUAAAAGAAACUAACUUCGGCUUUCACAAGUGUGUAAAUGUCUGAGCAUGAAGACGUCCGGUCCGUUUUUCUACAUUCUGACAAACGAGCAGUCAGCGGAGCAGCACAACAACAGCACAUCUCAUGUGAACUUUGUAAAUGUCAGUGUUUGACCUCAGUCGAUGAAGACCUGACUAUUGUGAGGGUUUGGACUCCUGGAGAUAAGGGUCGGUGGGACGCACUGUGGUUAGAUUCAUAUGUAGUGUGUGUGUGCGUGUAUGCGUGUGUGUGCGUGUGUUUAAAAUAACAUGAUGAAGUCUGUUUGGACCUAGGGAGGGGAGAAAAUCAGUCAUGCCCUUCAGAAACUGAAAAUGGAAAUUAGAACUCAAAUCUAACCCAUAGGAUGUUUUGCUGUCACCUUUUGGUCCUUGACGGUCUUACAGUCUUUUUUUUUCCUUCCACUUUUUUGUGGUGCUUGUCAGUUAAUAUCUAAUGUAUACUGGAAACCGUGUGAGUGAGUUGGAGAGACGUGCGAACGACGCAGUUUGCUGGCUUUUUGUUCUGUUUUUUUACUUUUUUUAUGCUAUCUGGCCGUGCAUGUUAAGUGUACAGUGUAUCAUUUCUCAGACUGCAUUAACAGGGCUACUGCAGUUUUGAGUCUCUGCUGGCCGACACCGAGGCACUGGACCUAACGAGCUCGCCUGCGCAGGGCAGCAGUGGGUGGGACAAAGACUGCAGGUCAGAAAGACUGCGAUUGGUCAGCUCUGACUGAUACUAUGACCUGAACGCUGUCGGGUUGGGACGUCCGAUCUGCCGCUCAGUGCGGUCGUCUAAACUUGGACAUCAUGAGACCACAAACCCCCUUUCACCUCUUCAUGGACAUGCAAGAAAAUAUCUAGAUUUAUAUACAUAUAUAUAUAUACAUAUAUGUGUGUAUAUAUACAUACAUAAAUAAUUGAUGACGAUCAUGGUGAUGACAACAGACAAGUUUUUUUUAUAGAAAAUGGAUUUCUUUUUACCCCCUUUGUUUUUUUGUUUUUCCCCCUUAGUGCUUUAGUUUUUUUUAUUUUUCUUUCCACCCCUUCUCCGCUCCAGCAGAGGACUCCAGCUCUGUUGGUGCAUUGAUAUUACCGCUGAAUGGAUUCUGUAUAGAAAAAUGGUGAAUAAAUAAAUUAAGAACUGUGUAGUGAAACAUGAAUCCUGAAGCGCUUGAUCUAAAACACUUUGUCUCCUUUUAACCCCUCCCUCUGCCCUCUCCCCUUCUUUCCCUCCUCGUUCAGGAUUCUGCUGUAAAUAAACAUGACUC